AUGAGAUUUUGGAACAUGAAACCGCACCGUCUGAUCAUCAUCUGGUUCUUCUUCCUUUUCAGUUUCAUCGCGGCUGCGGCGGAUCCUAAUCACAUAUCGAUCAACUGCGGCGGAGGUGCAGAAGCGGCGAUAGCACUCGGCGGCAGAGAAUGGCUCGGAGACGACGCAGUAGAAGGCUCGUCGAGAUCGUCCGCCGCGAUAGCUGGCGUCGAUCCAGUUCCGUACAAGACGGCGCGCCUCUCCCGCUCCCAAUUUUCCCUCUCAUUUGACCUAUCUCCCGGCCAGAAAAUCAUCCGCUUCCACUUCAAUCCCGCCGCCUACGACGGUUUCCCUAGCUUCGGCGACCUUUUCACCGUCGAAGCUGGGCACUACACUCUCCUCUCCAAUUUCAGUGCUUCCAUAACUGCUCGUGCUCAUUCUCUCACCAUUCUCACUAAAGAAUACUGCAUCAUCCUCGAACAACGCCAACACUUCAACAUACUCUUCUCUCCCGAAACUAGCCAAUCCAAAUACAGCUAUGCUUUCAUAAACGGGAUUGAGAUCAUAACAGUUCCCUCCGCCAUUGCCUACUGCCACGGCGGGGACAGAGGAAUCCGCGUCGUGGGGCAGAAUUAUAUCGUGCAUCUCGACAACAGCACUGCCCUUGAGAUCGUUCAUCGCCAGAACGUAAAAUGGGGAUCCGAUGAUGGCAUGUUCGGGAUAUUGGAACCAUCUCUACAACAAAAGCCAUCAAGGAUAUGGAGAGUGAGUGUUGAUGUCGGGUUUAGGUACAUGGUGAGGCUUCAUUUGUGCGAGCUCGGCCUCAAAAUGCACUACGAUUUCAUCCUUCUUAUCGAUGGCAUGGUUGCUUUCACUAGUCCUGAUGACAUAGUGUUGCUCCAUCAUACCUACAACUAUAUGGUGAUGGUGGAAGGCCAGAAACGCGAGGGGAAGAGAAACAUCUCCGUUUCUCUCCACUCUCGCCAUGAAUUCUUGGAUAAGCAUGGCCCCUUUGAAGGAUUUGAAGUCUUCAAAUUAAGCAACCAUGACAUGAGUCUUGCUAGUCCCAAUCCCCACCAUGUUGUUGCUACCGAAUCCAGUGUCAUUCAGAAAGCCGUUGUCAUCUCCAUGCUUUGUCUCUCAACCGUCUUAUUCCAUCUACUGCGGGACAGAGUCUGGGAUGGCAAAGCAUCAGGUAAGGCAAAGCAGUUCUGUCGUUGCUUCUCACUAGCUGAGAUUAAAGUAGCCACGAAGAGCUUCCACGAAGGGUUUGUAGUUGGAAAAGGUGGAUUUGGGAAAGUGUACAAAGGGUUAAUGAAUAAUGGGAGAGAGACUGUUGCAAUAAAGAGAUUGAAGCCGGGAUCCAAACAAGGGGAGCGAGAGUUCUUGACAGAGAUCGAGACACUUGAUAAACUUCGACCUGGGAAUCUAGUUUCCCUGAUUGGAUACUGCAAAGAGAAUAAUGAAAUGAUUCUUGUUUACGAGUUCAUGCCAAAUGGCACUCUGGCUGACCAUCUCUACAAGAAGAAAGAUCGCUUGCAGCCCCUCUCGUGGGAGAAGCGCCUUAAGAUAUGCAUUGGAGUAGGCCGGGGGAUAGACUAUCUCCACACUGGGCGAGGCAUCAUACACCGGGAUGUGAAGUCCUCAAACAUCCUCUUGGAUGAAAUGCUUGUGGCUAAAGUGUCAGAUUUUGGGCUAGCUAAACCUGCAACAGGCAACGAGGGGCAGAGCACGCAAGUGAAAGGCACAAGGGGGUAUUUGGACCCGAACUAUGGUGCCACCCAUAGAGCGACACAGAAGAGCGACACAUACUCUUUUGGCGUGGUGUUACUGGAAGUAUUGAGUGAGAGAGCUGCAGCAGGGCCGUGGGAAGAAGAAGGUGGUCUAACUAAGUGGGCUAAAGAGAAGAUCAACAAUCUACAUAUUGCUGAGAUUGUGGCUCCGAGUUUGAGAGGCGAGAUAUCAGCAGACAGUGUGGCUACAUUUGUGGGAGUUGCGGAGAGAUGUGUGGCUGAUGAACCAAAGGAACGGCCGGAGAUGACGGAGAUUAUCAUACAGCUUGAGCUUGCAAUCAAGCAGCAGGAGAGAUAUGGUGGGUCUUCAUUACCUCAGGAGAUUAGUGUUGGAGUUGAGCAGUUGUUGCCAGCUAGUAAUAAUGAGAUAAAACCGAUGAAUUCAAGAAGAAAGCCGUAUAACGUUUGGUCGACUGUUAGGAAGAGAAUUUUGAAGAUUAGCAAGCCUUCUUCAUGCAAAAUGCACUUGGUUGACAUCUCAGCACCAUCAAGUUUGCAUUGCCUUGAAGGGGGUGGUGGUAUACGGAUCUAAUUGCUGCCAAAGGGGAUGUGAUACCAAUGUAAGAUAUAAUAAGUGGUUGCUAAAUUCACAGAUUCAGUGCUGUAGUUAGUACAUUUUAUCAUUUUGACAUUUACUUUGUUAUCUUUGGCUCUGUAAUAACCGGACACUUCUGGUGAAUUCACAAAACCCAAAUACCAAAAUUACAUAUAUAUUUGUUGUAAA